AUGGACAAAAUUGAGCUGCCGAAAGGGUUGUCAUUGCAGGGAAACCUAGCGGACAACUACAAAUGGUUUUUGCAGCGAUUUGACCUGUACAUGCUCGCCACCGGAAAGACCAAUAAGCCUGACAAUCAGAAAACAGCACUCUUUUUAACCAUAGCGGGAGAAGACGCGCUGCGAUUGUACAACACGUUCAAGUGGGAACAACCGGACGACAAAGAAAAGCUUGUAAAAAUCAAAGAAAGGUUUGAGGCUCACUGCAAGUCAAACACAUCACAAGCGUUCCUGAGACAUCAGUUCUUCAAGCGAAGUCAACAUCAAGGUGAGACAGUCGACCACUUUGUAACUGAACUAAAAACACUGGCCAAAGAUUGUGAAUUUGGGGAAUUGACAGAAAGCCUCAUACGCGACAACAUAAUAUGUGGCGUGACCAGUGAUGUUGUUCGGGAGCGAAUGCUUAGGGAAAGCAAGAUAGACUUGACCAGAGCAAUAGAGAUAUGCCGUGCUGCAGAAGCAAGCAAAACACAGAUAGAAAGCCUGAGCAAUACAGGAGAAAAUAACAAUGCGGCAACAGCUGUGCAUAAAGUUGGAGUUAGGCCCAAACAAAAGAAGAAGGAGGCAAAAACCCAAAGCACAAUAGAAACAAAGAAAAGGACAUGUGGCAGAUGUGGGACAUCACACCCUCCAAGAAGCUGUCCAGCUUAUGGACAGACCUGUCACAAGUGUAAGAAACCCAAUCACUAUGCCAAAUGCUGCAGGGCACGCAGUGGUUGGAAGGCUACGCCAAAUACUGCAGCUAUACACGCGGCUUCAGAACAGAUGGAAGAACUCUUCAUAGGCCCUGUGGGUACACAUGAAGAGACAGACAAACACGAAGACAAGACAAAAGACUGGUUCGUAAAUCUGAAGGUGAACCACAAGCGUCUACAACUGAAAAUAGACACUGGAGCCCAAGCAAACAUCAUCUCGCAGAACACCCUAAAGCAAAUUAGAAGGAAUCCGCAAGUGACAAACACUGCUGUGAGACUGAUCAACUAUAGUGGUGAGAAAAUACCAGUUGUCGGCAAGUGUAUAAUCAAAGUAUGCCAUCGUGGAAUCUCACAUAAACUUGAGUUCGUAGUGGUCGAGAGUGGACAAAACUUACUUGGACUGGAUGCAGCAAUUAAAAUGCAGCUUAUCAAGCGUAUAGACAACAUGGAGAAAACAGACAUCACAAAAGAAUAUGCAGAUGUUUUCGACGGAACGGGAUGUUUCGACAGAUGUCAUCACAUCAAGCUUGAUGAGAAUGCUACUCCGGUAGUACAUCCACCGCGACGAGUACCGUUCGCACUACGAGACAGACUCAAAGAAGAACUGGACAGAUUGGUUGAACAUAACAUUGUAGAGAAAGUUGAUUACCCUACAGACUGGGUAAAUUCAUUGGUAAUUGUAGAGAAACCAAAUGGCAAGCUCAGACUUUGUCUAGAUCCCAAAGAGUUGAAUCAGGCAAUAAGACGUGAGCACUAUCACAUACCAGUGAUUGAAGAGUUGGUCAGUAAACUAGACAAGGCACAGUAUUUUUCCAUACUGGAUGCAAACAAUGGGUUUUGGCAAGUCCCAUUAGACAAACAGAGCUCAGAUCUCUGUACGUUUAACACACCUUUUGGAAGGUACAAGUUUAUGAGAUUGCCAUUCGGUAUCCAUAGUGCAUCAGAAGUAUUUCACAAGAGAAUGUCUGAAUUACUAGAGAAUGUUGAUGGAGCAGUAUGCUACAUAGAUGAUAUUCUUGUGUAUGGGAAAAGUAGGGAGGAACAUGAUGCAAGGUUGAGACAGGUUCUAGAAAUAGCAAGAGCGAAAAAUAUAAAACUGAACAAAGCAAAGUGCAAAAUAGCACAAACAGAAAUCCAGUACUUGGGACGUGAGUUAUCCCGUGAAGGCAUAAAACCAGACAAAGCCAAAGUAAAGGCCAUUCUGGAAAUGCCAACUCCCGAGUCUAGAAAAGACUUGGAAAGAUUUCUGGGAAUGAUUCAGUACAUAGGGAGGUUCAUCCCAUCUCUAUCCGCAAUGUCAGCUCCGCUCAGAAUCCUGUUGAAAAAGGAGACAGAAUGGCACUGGGAAAAAGAACAAGAAGAUGCCUACAACAAACUAAAAAACCUUGCAACAUCGACUCCUACAUUGAAGUAUUUUGAUGUAGAUACGCCAGUAGAAUUAUCAGUAGAUGCCAGUAAGGAUGGGUUGGGAGCUGUGUUGACACAAGAAGGCAAUCCUGUGGCCUAUGCUUCCAAAGCACUAACACAAGCGGAAAAAGGCUAUGCACAAAUAGAAAAAGAAAUGCUUGCCAUUACAUUUGGCUGCCAAAAAUUUCACCAGUACAUAUAUGGCAGGCACGUGACCGUAAUAAGUGAUCACAAACCUUUGGAAGCAAUUACCAAGAAACCUCUGUCAACAGCGCCACCACGCAUCCAAAGACUGCUGUUAGCAGUACAGAAGUAUGACAUAAAAGUUGUGCAUAAACCUGGCACAAGCAAAGAAAUGAUAAUAGCUGAUACGCUAUCAAGAGCAUACCUGCCAACAGAACAAACUGGAGAUGACAAAAAUGAAAUAGAAAUGCAGGUACACAUGCUAGUCUCUAACCUACCAAUGAGUGACGUAAAACGUUGUGAGUUCAGAGAAACAACAAAGAAAGACAAAACACUACAGAUGGUCACAACCACAGUGUUAAAUGGUUGGCCAAACACAAAACAGGAAGUGCCUGAUGAGAUAAGACCAUAUUGGGACUUUAGAGAAGAAAUCCAUGUCGCUGAAGAGUUACUGUUCAAGGGAGACAAAUUAAUCGUUCCUAAGGCACUGCAGCAAGAAAUGCUGAACAAGAUACACAGUAGUCACUUGGGCAUAAACAAGUGCAAAGCUAGGGCACGAGAUACUCUAUAUUGGCCAGGGAUGUCAAAACAAAUAGAAGACAUGUGCAGCAGGUGUGCAAUCUGUCUAGAACACAGAAAAUCAAACAUGAAAGAACCAAUGAUUCCGCACACGACCCCAGAACGUGCAUGGUCCAAAGUUGGAACCGAUCUAUUUUAUCUGGGUUCAAGAACAUAUUUGAUAGUAGUGGACUACUAUUCGAAAUUUCCGGAAAUAAUGUUGCUAGAUGACACUACCAGCAAAGGUGUCAUAACUGUACUAAAGAGCAUAUUUGCUCGUCACGGAAUUCCAGAUCAUGUGAUCUCAGAUGGAGGACCGCAGUACAGUAGCAAUGCGUUCAGGGAAUUUGCACAUACAUGGCAAUUCAAUCAUGUGAAGUCUAGCCCUGGGUAUGCACAGUCCAAUGGAAUGGCAGAAAGAACCAUUCAAACCGUGAAACAAAUGCUAAAGAAAGCAAACAAAAGCAACCAAGAUCCAUAUCUAAGUCUAUUGGAGUACAGAAACACACCCAUAGAUCAACACCUUGGGUCACCAUGUCAGUUGCUUAUGAGUAGGAGAACAAGGAGCAUUCUACCUACACAUGCCAAACUGUUGCAACCAAAAGUUCAGACUGAUAUCCAACAACAACUGAUCAAUAGGCAAACAGUACAAAAAAUGUACCAUGACAGAAACUCCAGCAAACUACCAAAUCUGAACAUAGGUGAUACUAUCAGAGUACAACAAAAAGAUGGAACUUGGAAACCAGCUGUUGUGACACAGAAAACACAAGAACCUAGAUCGUACAUUGUGAGAACACCCAUGGGAGAACUAAGAAGAAACAGAAAACAUCUUCUUAAAACCAAAGAAGAUCCUCCCAAUCUAGAACCGCCAGACCUAGAUCAUGUGUCACACAAAAGAUCACAACAGCUGGACGAAAAUCCCCAAACAGUUGUACAACAGAGCAGGAGUGGUAGAAUGAUCAGACAACCAAGAAGAUAUGUAGAAGAAUGCUAA